AUGGGCAGCAUUCGCAGCCGGCAGGACCAACUGACGGACCAAGGUCUUCGUGCCCAUCCGUUCGACUCGACAGUUCUCCCAACGCUCUGUUACGCAGACACCGCUGCCACGUCUAGGAAGCUUCUCACUACCCACAGAGCCCUUGAGAGAUGCCUUCUGAAGCUUAACCGGCGCACACAUCACCUAGCCGGUCUUCGCAGCUCAGACUUAAGAGGAAUGUCCCGUCUUCGCGACCCAGCGGAAUAUAUAUCGAAAGCAAAACAUAGAUGGGCCGGUCACAUCAUGAGAAGAAUAGACGAUAGAUAG